AACCAGAAAAAUCGCUAUUCGACGAUGCCGGUUCACGGGAACUCAUAUUCUCUCUCUGCAUCCGGAUUUCGGAGUAACAGAGCGGAGGACCGGACCUUACUCUUUUUUUCCCAACGUAAAACGGAUUCAGUUGUCAAUAUUUCGAUUUCAAUUACGGUCGUCCCAACGAUAGCUGAGAGAAAUGGCAACCUUCUCCAUUGGAAACCAGCAGUACCACUUCUGUGGCCGAUAUCCAUCUAAUAGAAUAGCUUCUCCUUUUCCAUCUCCGCACACCGUCUUGCUUCAGAGACCCCUCUCAAGACUUUCGUUGCCGCGCUUCGUUUCGUCUCCCUGGAAUAUCAAAGAUCGGAAAUGGCGCGGCAAUGGUGUUCUUGCCCGAGCCGAAGAGAAAACCAAAGGUGUCUCCUCCUCUUCACCUGGGAAGGCCGAGGAGCAGUAUCAGGAGCUGAUGCCGAAUUCUAGGACGUGUGAUCCUUUAUGUUCAGUUGAUGAUUUUAGCUCACAAGAUUUUGAAGCCACUUACCAGCCAAAGACGGAUUUGCUGAAGGCUCUUGCAAUUAUUGCGUCAGCCGCAGCAGGAGCAGUUGCAAUUAAUCAUUCUUGGGUGGCUGCUAAUCAGGAUGUUGCUAUGGCGCUGGUAUUUGGAUUAGGAUAUGCAGGCAUAAUCUUUGAGGAAUCUCUAGCUUUCAACAAAAGUGGAGUUGGAUUGCUGAUGGCUGUUAGCUUAUGGGUUAUACGAAGCAUUGGAGCUCCUUCAACUGAGAUAGCUGUUACAGAGCUAACCCGUGCUUCUGCCGAAGUCAGUGAAAUAGUAUUUUUCUUGCUUGGUGCAAUGACCAUUGUAGAGAUAGUUGAUGCCCAUCAAGGAUUUAAACUGGUUACUGACAAUAUAACUACCCGGAAGCCGCGGACUCUCCUUUGGGUGGUUGGUUUUGUAACCUUUUUCCUUAGUUCAGUCCUUGACAAUCUGACAUCAACCAUUGUCAUGGUCUCCUUAUUGCGGAAACUAGUGCCUCCAUCAGAAUACAGGAAGUUUUUAGGUGCUGUUGUUGUAAUAGCGGCCAAUGCUGGUGGUGCAUGGACUCCAAUUGGUGAUGUUACUACCACUAUGCUUUGGAUACAUGGUCAGAUCUCCACAUUGCAAACAAUGAAGGACUUGAUUUUUCCUUCUGUCAUUUCUUUGGCUGUUCCACUGGCUCUUAUGUCACUUACCAGCGAAGUUGAUGGAAAGGGUCAGGACUCUCCCAAUGUUUUGGCAUCUGAACAGAUGGCUCCUCGAGGACAGCUUGUUUUCUCUGUAGGCAUUGGAGCUCUAGUGUUUGUUCCAGUGUUCAAGGCCAUCACUGGUCUGCCUCCUUACAUGGGAAUGCUGCUUGGACUAGGGGUUCUUUGGGUUUUAACAGAUGCUAUUCAUUAUGGUGAAUCUGAAAGGCAAAGGUUGAAAGUACCACAAGCUCUAUCCCGUAUUGAUACACAAGGGGCUCUUUUCUUCCUUGGAAUCCUUCUAUCUGUUAGCAGCUUGGAGGCUGCAGGAAUCCUGAGAGAACUGGCGAAUUACCUUGAUGCUCAUAUCCCUAAUAUUGAGCUGAUUGCAAGUGCAAUUGGAGCUGUGUCGGCUGUUAUAGACAAUGUUCCAUUGGUUGCAGCUGCAAUGGGAAUGUAUGAUCUGUCUUCCUUUCCCCAGGAUUCUGAAUUUUGGCAGCUGGUUGCAUAUUGUGCUGGAACAGGUGGAUCCAUGCUGGUUAUUGGCUCUGCAGCAGGUGUUGCUUUUAUGGGUAUGGAGAAGGUGGAUUUCUUUUGGUACUUGCGAAAGGUGAGUGGUUUUGCUUUCGCUGGUUAUACUGCCGGUAUUGUUGCCUAUUUAGCUGUUCACAAUCUCCAUAUCUCUCUACCCACUGCCCUAGCUGAGAUUCCAUUUCUCUCUGGUUCAUAGAUCAUAGUUUGCUUAACUUGCUGAGCUCUCCGAUUGUUGCUUCCCUGUUGCUCCUCGUACUGCUCAUAUAACUGCCAAUAAAUAUUCUUAAUAGUAAAAUAAGGACAAUCAGAUAUGUUGUUAUAUUGGCAGCUAUGGCAGGACUGUUUGCGAAGUAUGAGUUAUGGGCCAACAAAUUAUGCAUUACCUGAUUACUAAUGUACCUCGUAUAUGGUACAUGAUAGGAACCUUCAGUGCUGGCUUCAGACGGCAGUGUAUCUAGCUAGAGGUGGUUUUUUCACUGGAAUUCUUUACUGAAGAAAGGUAAUAUGUAGACAUGUCAACCACUUUAGGAUGAGAAGUUUGUAUUUAAUUCUGAGGGGGCACUUAUUAAUAUAUCAUGCCAAACUAGGAUUAGAAAUAAUUCCAGAAAUGAUUGUAAAGGGGAUACAACAUCCAGAUUGAAAAGUUUUUCUGUGAAACAUGACGUUGCUCUAGUAAACAAGAUUAUUGCUUUGUCCCCAA